AACAGACUUUUAAAUUAUAUCGUGUAAAGAUUUUUUUUGGUACCAACAUUAUCCCCUCCACUUUUCGGGGAAUUGUCGUCUAACCUGCGCACCGUUGGCACAGGCAAGAGACACCUGCGACGGUGCGCUAGGUGCGCGUGCAAACGUGGAAGGGAUAACAUGGCUACCGCUUGACGUGACGUUUCGUUCGUCCGUCCGUCCGUCCGUCGCGCGAUAUCAUCAGAUGCUCGGAAAAACAUCUGGCGACCGUUUUUCAGCGACGUGCUGCUGCCGAUAGUGUUUCGCCGUUCGCACGAGUACAACAGUGUUGACGAGAGGAGGCGAAGAGAACCAUCCGUGAGAGACGAGCACAAUGAUGAACAUGUGGAAAGUGCGGGAGCUGAUGGACAAGGCGACCAAUGUAGUGAUGAACUAUACAGAAACAGAGGCCAAAGUUCGGGAAGCAACCAAUGAUGAUGCAUGGGGUCCUACAGGGGCAAUGAUGCAAGAAUUGGCUCAGGCCACGUUCACAUACGAGCAAUUUCCAGAGGUAAUGUCCAUGCUCUGGAAGAGGAUGUUGCAGGAGAACAAACGAAAUUGGCGACGAACGUACAAGUCACUACUCCUUCUUAACUACUUAGUACGUAACGGUUCAGAACGGGUAGUCACUUCGUCGCGCGAGCACAUCUACGAUCUCAGAUCUUUGGAGAAUUACACCUUUAUCGACGAAUUCGGGAAGGAUCAAGGUAUAAACAUCAGGCACAAAGUCAGAGAAUUGAUUGAUUUCAUUCAAGAUGACGACAAACUUCGAGAGGAGAGGAAGAAGGCGAAGAAAAAUAAGGACAAGUACGUCGGCUUGUCGAGUGAAGCAAUGGGAAUGAGAUUCGGAGGGGGUGACAGGUGGAUGGAUAACCCCAAAUGGAACAAAUCCAAUGUGGAAACAUACAAUGAUUGGGAUAGGGACAGUCGUGGAAAAGGAUUCGAGGAUACAAAUAACAGUGACGAUGGCGAGAGGGAGGAUUCGGACAAUGACACUAGCCCGAAAAAAAGUGGAAGGGAAUAUAGAGAUACGAUGGAUAAUAUACAUCAAAUUGGUAAAUCCGCUCAAAUAUCUAUACCUUCCGCGACUUCGUCCCCAGUCCGGACAAGCAGACCCACUAAAAAGGUGGAUCUCGGAGCGGCGGCUAAUUAUGGAAAAGAACAAUCCAAUAAUAGCACAUCGACGCAACAAACUAACAACUUGUCGCCUGUAAAUCAGCAGAAGACCAAAAACGACAUAUUGAACGAGAUCUUUGAGUCGCAGAGCGACAACAGCGGCAAGUUGGAUGACGACGAUUUCAAUCCGAGGGCGAGUACUCAGUCGUAUAUUCAGCCGCAGAAUGCGAAUCUGGACUUCGGCGACUUUACCAGUGCGUUUAACAAUAGCUCGGCGAAUGCCAAAUCGAAGGACGGUAACGAUGAAUUCGCGGACUUUACGUCUGCUUUCAACGCCGUCACUUUAUCAGGCCCUCCGAAUCAGCCGCAAUCUCAAAUCAGCUUAAUGGGCGUGACGAUACCGGGCGUAAAUAGCCCGACGUCAAAUAACGCAAAUAUCACGAUGUAUGCUAAUACGCAAACGGCGUUCACCGGGAGCGGCGCGGCUCCGCAAAAUUCCAAGACGUCGAACGAUCUGUUCGACUCUCUGUCGCCGCAGAGUCUCAAUAAUCAAACAACGAAUAACAAUACAGUGUCCUCGAAUACGGAUCUUUUGUCGGACCUGGAUAGUUUGAAUAUUUCAACUAUGAGGCUAACUGACGAACGGAUAAGUAGCCCAACCAAUUCUAACAUCUUCAUGGGAAUGAGCAAUGCACCUUCCAACGCUGUUAAUUAUGCAGCUUAUAAGGACGAAGAGAACGUCGCGGCCACCGAGAAUAAUCACAUCGCAUUGUUGGAAGAAUUAUGCGCCAUAUGCCGCAUUAAAAGUCGCAGCGAUUUGGAGAGAAUACAAUCGUGCUUGUCGGACUACGUGACGCUCUUACCGGGAACCAUAACUCCCCAAAAGUACACGGGUGUCGACGACGGCGUGGCAGUGAACGUCACGUUGUACAAGCAAAUUAUAGAGAAGACGAUUAACUUGUUCGAUCGCGACUGGCCGUUGCGGCAAGACGGCUCGCUGGAUCCUCUGAUUACAAAAUUGAUGGUCGUUGACGGCGCCACGAUGCCGAUCUUAUCGGAAUCCUUGAAGCUCUUGACCGCCGCUCUGAGCGAAUUCGAGGACAAGAGGAAGAUUCGUGCGAUCUCGACGAUACUGCAAAAUCUGCUGAAGAGCGACGCGAUAUUCUCGGCGAUAGUGGACACGUGUCGAUUCCGACAGGAGGUUCUGCUCGAGGUAGAGCUGGAUCAGGCGUGGCAACGCGCAACGCAAAUUCUGGUCUCCUUGCCGAGCCGUGUGGCCAACAAGAUGCAGCGCGACACGCCGCAAUUGUACACGCCUCAUGUCUACGUCAGGUUGCUCUGCUUCCACGUGUGUCGCGCGAUGCAUUUUGUCAACGAGGCCUGGCACGAGUUAAACAUCGAGCCGAAAGUAAACGUACUCUCGACCAUAAUAAGCAAGAUUCUCAUUACAUCGAAGCCGACCCAUGACCUAUCUUGCUUUAUCGACAUUCUCACGGAAUGGUGUUACGAGGAUAUAAAAAACGAGAAGCGUCUGGUCAGGAGUGUGCUUCGCGAAUUGGACACCGCGGCAGUCGAGCAUAUGGCCACGAUGUUCUUGAAACGCUGCGAGCCCAUGUACGGCGUACAUCCCGUUCUCGGGGACGUGUUGACUGCGCCGCGUUGGCAGUACGUUCUAACAACAAAGAUCCCCCUCAUGCGCUAUUAUCACACGGACACUAAGCUGAUCUUCAACUUGAUCUCUUACCUGUCGUCCUGCGAGAAUGCGAAUGUUUUACCGGACUUAAUGAUGAAGCUUAUUGACAUCUGGAGCGACAGAAGUAUCCUCAAUCACACGCCUGUGGAGCAGCACGAGUAUAUCUCGCGGCUGAUUAUCUUGUCCGUGAGGGCGUGCAGGAGUCAUUUGAAGGAGCAAAACGUCAUGGAGCGGUGUCGACAGCUCCUGCUCAACGGGGUGUCUGUGCAUCUGGAAUGCACGGAUAUCUACAUAAGAGCCAUGGGCAUGAUCACCGCCGAGAUCUGCAUCAACCAUCUGUCUGAAGAUGACGUGCCGCAACUGGUGUUCGAUUACAAUGAUAUGCCCACGCGAGUGCAGGUAUUACUCGACUCGUUGAAGCAUCUAUCCGCGCCGAUCGUGAUCUGCUAUAAACGCAGCGACGAUUUGGCCGACAGCGACUCCUCAGCUAACAAGAAGAUACGCGAAUUGGUAGCCGAUAUCUUGCCGAGUUUCCAGGCUGUUUCAAGCAAAAAGUUCGAAAGUAGCUUAGCGAGUUUAACGAAGGAUGAUCUCGCGCAGAAGGAGAAACACGACGCGAUUGGAGUGACAACAAACGUGCGAGGCGACGCGGAGGAAAGUCGUCAGCAAGACGAAGAGCAGUUGGAAUUGGACAGCGACGACGACUUAGUGCCGUAUGACUUGGACGAAGAGCGAGACAAACCGGUGAGCAAAGUGCGGCCGAUGUACUUGCGGGACCUGCGCGACAAUCUGACGGACGAGCGUACCGCUACCGACCCCGACGUCUUCUCCGAAUCCAUGUCGGUCUGCGAGGAGCUCAUACGGACGCAAUUACCGCACGACGACGCGUCCUUCGCGGUCGAGCUGUUGGAACUGCUCGUCACGCUCAGGCAACAAUCCUAUAUGGAGGAUUUCGAAGUCGUGGUAUUUCGCUGUUGCGUGGAAAUCGUCGUCGUGCGGCCGAAGGAGUGCGCCGAGUUCCUGUGCAAACAGUUUUACGAGGACGUCGGCAAAUAUUCGCUGAGCCAACGCUUGCUGUUCCUCGACGUGCUGUCUGAGUCCGCGAAACGGUUAUCGGGCAUCAAGGUGAGCAGCGAUAGCAACGCCGAGAACACGAAGCUGGUGGAGAAGAGGAGGAAGUCCAUUUCGAGCCCUGUGUCGGUCUUCAUCGACACGACGAAGCCGUAUAGAAUACAGGAGUUAUGCUACGACGAGGACAUGGAGAAUCUACUCGAGACGCCAGAGAGUCGAGUCGCUGAUUGGCAGGAGAUUAUCGAGAAGAGGAUUGAGUCUCACACGAGACGAUUCGCGCAUCGGUCCAAGGUGCCCAAGAAAAGUGUCAAUCGUUUCGCGAGCGUCGUCUCGUCUUUCAUCUAUCCGCUUCUGUACGGCUUCAACUGGCAACAGGACUCCGUCAAGCUUCAAAACUUGAAGAUCUAUCAGGACCAAGAGAACAUUGUGCUGCUGCGUUACCUGAACACAGUGUCCGUGAUCAUGCGGGCGGCGGAGAACUGCCCGUUGGCGUUGAAGAUGGGCAAGGAGAUCUUGGAACUCACGUGGACGCUGAGGUCGCACAAGGAAGCAACCGUGAGGUUCGCCGUCGUAGAGUGUAUCGCGUCCGUGUUGGUGUCGUUGCCGAGAGACCAAGUUGUUGUCGAAGAACUAUUGGACACGCUGAUGGAGAUCAAAGAGUGGCUGCUGCUGACGCAGAACAUCAUCUUUGGCGAACACGAUGUCAAAUGCAGGGAAAUUAAUGCCACAGUGAUGCGCUGCAUCGACGCAAUCAUCGGAUUCGUUCUCUGUUGAAUAUAUAUGGUAUAAAUCCACGUGGAAAACAAAAACAACGUUACAAUUGGAGAGGAUGUUAAUGGCUGGAUCUACGCGAUCUAUUUUUAUCAACGAACACAGAAGGAAUCUUUCAAUAUAUUAAAUAUUUAUCUUAUAUUUUUUUUUAAUAUAAAUAUCUAUUAUUUCGUAGAAACAUUGAAAUACAUAUAUACAAAGUAUCUCACACUACACAUGUAAUUGAUUGCAGAACGGUUUAGAUACAAUGAAGUUGGGAGCUUACUAAACUGUUAGCAUUGAGAAUCAUUAUCUGAUGGGCUUACACAGUAAUAAUAUAAUUAAUAUAAUUAUUGCGGGAGCAAUAUUGAUAAUGACUCUCAAUUUUGAUAGUUUGAUGAGAUUCUAACUUUACUGUAUCUAAUCACGACAGUUAUUGAGAUAUUAUAGAAAAUUAGUGAGUGAACUAAUCCUUUUUAAUUAAUAUUUCGAUAAUUAUCUCAUUGUGUUUGCAAAAUAGUAAAUGACUUUUUAUUCAGUUUGAUGGAUAAGUAUAUUUUUAGUGAAUUUUACUGCACGAACGAAUAUGUGUUGUGCCAGACACUUUGUAUAUCUAUUGCAAUAUAUAAUUGUAGUGUAUUCUGUAAUAUGUUCUGUAAUAUUCUGUAAAUGUUAAGUAAUACAAAGGCUGUAAUUUUUGCUGAAUAAAAUAAAUCUGCUUGUAUAAAUUUUA